AUGAUGAGAAGGGCCUUUUCUCUAUUUGCAGGACGGCUACUGAAGUCCAAAGAUGAUGAAUUAAAAUCAACUCUAAAGUACUUAACCAAAGGCUCCAUGAAGUCUCUAGGGUCUCUGUUCGGUUCUUCCGCCCCUAGUGAACAUGGCAUGUCUUCUCAUCCAGGCAUCAGUAAAAAGAAUAUUCAAAGCCACCAUGUAGAAAACAUUUUAAGGAUACUGAAUUCAAACCUACCAGAGGUAGAAUCCAAGAAACAAAAAGUGGCCAUUCAUUAUGAUGUACUUUUCUCACAUCUGAGGUCCAUAGUUACUGAGGCGGUGGAGAACGAGGAUACUUCCUCAAAGCAAUUGCGAACAGCAUCACCUGAGGACUUAUAUGACAAAUUACUGCUACUGCAGUACAUGGGUAAGUUAACUAACGUACGCCAAAUAACGGAAAUCCUACUAUCCAAGAACUUCAAUAAAUUUGAUGAUUUAUGGGAGCAUAGAGCACUGUUCGAUCAAUAUCAAAGAGUAGUCAUAUCCAUUUUACUAUACUACAGGACGCAUAAUGCGCAAAUAAGGAAAGAAUACGAGGUCCGUUGGUUGUCAGACUACAAUGAUCUGCAGUUUCCCCUACGACGUCUUUUCUGGAGAUGCUUAACCUUUGACGUACCUGAAGAUAGUAUCAAACAAACAAUAUCAAACAACGUUAAGCUUCUAGGGAAAAAUUGGAGGAACAACGAUUUAAUCUUAAUCUAUCAAUCUCUGUAUGAAAAAUCCCAUAUAUUGCCAGAAUCAAAGGAUUUAGAGGGUGUUAGUGGUGGAGCAGUCUCUUUUACCAGAAACCAAACUCUGCUUUUUCGUAUCUUAAGGGCUAUAUCAAAACGUUUUGAAGACGAUCCAAAAUUGAUCAAAAAAUGGCUGAUCGACAUAGUUAAGUUAAGUGUACAAAACAAACUAGUGCUGGAAUCAUUGACACCAUCGUCUGCGUCGAUAAUAGAUCAAUACAAGUUCAUCAGAUCUCUAGACGUUUCCAUACAAAGCAUUCAUCGGAGAUGCCAAAGUCAAUCCACUUUUGAAGAGUUACAGGAUGAUCUCGAAAACAUAUUGAAGUCAAUUAAUGAUGAAGAACAUGAGCUGAAGACACAUUUACCACUAAACCUUAUAUGA